CUUCUUGGCGCACGUGUGUGUGUGCGUGAGUGUGUGUGUGUGCAUGGUUGUCUAUCAAGAUCUUGCCAAGCAGCCUUGCAUUCUGUCUCUUUCUUUCUCACAGGUUAUGGGAGUCACAGGCUAUGUGUCAGGUUAUGACACAGAUGAGAGUCAUCACCUGUUACCUGCUAGUUCGACCUUCCUCCUCUCCGUCCACAGCUGAUGCUUAACCAUGACCCGGCUGCCACGUACCCAUUCACACACUACGGACAAUUUAGAGAUGGCAGUUAAUCAUACCACACGUCUUUGGAUUGGGGGAGGAAACGAAUACUUGAGGAAAAAAAAACCCAAAGCAUGGAGAGAACAUGCAAACUCUGCACACAGAGGGCAGAGGCAAGAAUCGAACCCCCAAUCCCCGAAAAAGCAAGGCAAAUGUACUAACCACUAAACCACCGUGUCCCUCCAACACAGUGAAUUGUCCUUUUCACAUUCACAGUUUCAGUUAUUUUGUGACAGGUAAACUUGUUCCUCAACUCGAUGUUCAGCAGGUUAGAUAACUCAGUGACAUUCAUUACUGAUAACGGGCUUCAGUGUAUCUGAGUUUGCCAUUCUUGAAGCAGUGUAGGAAUGUGGUAUCACCUGUGGCUUAUACAGCCUUUGAGCAGGCAUCUUGCUUUUUACAUGUUUCUGCUGGUAUCUCAGCAAAUACCAUGAAAACUUCUUCAUACAAGCAUGCCAAGGUCCCUCAUCUGCUUGUCAUAUGUUGCUUGUUCAUGCCACCUUUCCACAGAUUGAGGGACGUUGUGUGUCUAAAUAUAGAGUUGUACUGCAUGUGUUGAUAGACAAGCACUGUGUCUCUCUUUGCCAUGGUCUUCUUGAACAAUUUCUAGACUCAGGAUCUCCAGAGUGUCCUUAAUGUCACUAUAAGGAAAAGUUUACCAAGUUCUUUUUCAUAUCUAAUUCAAAUUAAGUGAGAGGCUUAGAUUUACUAGCUAAACAUCAUACUGCAUUUCAGGUCACUUCAACAGCUUUAAUAGAUAGCAAACACUUAUAUAACUAACUAGAGUGUAAUUUGUGAGUGAAUUCUUUUUAAAAUCUGAUUUAUUUGAAAGCCUCAUGUCACAAUGUGUUUCAUUUUUUCUUCUGACCCAAAUAAAAGUUAGCAGAUUGAUCUAUUUUCAUAUACUAACAACAUACGUCAUCUUGUUCUUUAUUUACUUUGAGGCUUGCUUUUUUUUUUACUUUGUUUAGAGAAUGGUGACACUAGGGUGGGGUAUCAGCAUACAGUGUGAACAACAGAACAGAAGAUCCUCUGAGAAGAUUAACUUUAUAUUAUUUACUAUUUCUUCAUUUUAUUUUCACAUUUUCCGUAUCCUGUCUAUAUAAUAAACCGAAAAGCAGGAAAUGCCGUUUGUUAGUAAUGUUGUUUUUCAAGUUGUCAGGGUAAAUUAGCAGCAGCCAAGCUGUGAUUGGCUCCCAGGCCCUUUUCACAUCAUGGGUUUGGCAUAAGUAUGUUACAUGCAUUGUUACAUCCUCUGGUUAAAUAUCCCAAUUACCUGCUCUGUAUUUUACACUUCGACACUGCCACUGGACUGAGAACAUUCACAUCUGCUAUCUGUGGACACAAGGUUAUAAUCAGCACAAUGGACUGGAGGGUUAUACUGGCUAUUUUGUGUAUUUUGUGUCUGCCUGCUGCAAGUGCCCAAAGCAGUUCAGGUGAUCAGACCGCAGGCAAUUCAACUUCAACAAACACGACUUCAACAAACACGACUUCAAACUCGAGCACAGCUACAAACACCUCUUCAACAAACACCUCUUCAACAAACACCUCUUCAACAAACACGUCUUCAACAAACACAACUUCAACAAACACGACUUCAACAAACACAACUUCAACAAACACAACUUCAAACUCAAGCACAAACUCCUCGUCAACAAACACAACUUCAAACUCGAGCACACCUACUAACACCUCUUCAACAAACACGUCUUCAACAAACACAACUUCAGACUCGACCACACCUACUAACACUUCUUCAACAAACACCUCUUCAACAAACACCUCUUCAAACUCGAGCACACCUACUAACACCUCUUCAACAAACACGUCUUCAACAAACACGUCUUCAACAAACACAACUUCAAACUCGAGCACACCUACUAACACUUCUUCAACAAACACGACUUCAACAAACACGACUUCAACAAACACCUCUUCAACAAACACCUCUUCAAACUCGAGCACACCUACUAACACCUCUUCAACAAACACCUCUUCAACAAACACGACUUCAACAAACACAACUUCAGACUCGACCACACCUACUAACACCUCUUCAACAAACACGUCUUCAACAAACACGACUUCAAACACGACUUCAAACACCUCGUCAACAAACACAACUUCAAACUCGAGCACACCUACUAACACGUCUUCAACAAACACCUCGUCAACAAACACAACUUCAAACUCGAGCACACCUACUAACACGUCUUCAACAAACACCUCGUCAACAAACACAACUUCAAACUCAAGCACAAACACGUCUUCAACAAACACAACUUCAAACUCAAGCACAAACACCUCUUCAACAAACACGACUUCAAACUCGACCACACCUACUAACACGUCUUCAACAAACACAUCUUCAACAAACUCGUCUUCAACAAACACAUCUUCAACAAACACGUCUUCAACAAACACGACUUCAAACUCGAGCACAAACACCUCGUCAACAAACACGACUUCAAACUCGACCACACCUACUAACACCUCUUCAACAAACACGUCUUCAACAAACACGACUUCAAACUCGAGCACAAACACCUCGUCAACAAACACGACUUCAAACUCGAGCACAAACACCUCAUCAACAAACACAACUUCAAACUCGACCACACCUACUAACACCUCUUCAACAAACACGUCUUCAACAAACACGACUUCAAACUCGAGCACAAACACCUCAUCAACAAACACGACUUCAAACUCGAGCACACCUACAAACACCUCUUCAACAAACACGUCUUCAACAAACACGACUUCAAACUCGAGCACAAACACCUCGUCAACAAACACGACUUCAAACUCGACCACACCUACUAACACCUCUUCAACAAACACGUCUUCAACAAACACGACUUCAAACUCGAGCACAAACACCUCGUCAACAAACACGACUUCAAACUCGAGCACAAACACCUCAUCAACAAACACGACUUCAAACUCGACCACACCUACUAACACCUCUUCAACAAACACGACUUCAACAAACACGACUUCAACAAACACGACUUCAACAAACACGACUUCAACAAACACGACUUCAAACUCGAGCACAAACACCUCGUCAACAAACACGACUUCAAACUCGAGCACACCUACUAACACCUCUUCAACAAACACCUCUUCAACAAACACGACUUCAAACUCGAGCACAAACACCUCGUCAACAAACACGACUUCAAACUCGACCACACCUACUAACACGUCUUCAACAAACACGUCUUCAACAAACACGACUUCAACAAACACAACUUCAAACUCGACCACACCUACUAACACCUCUUCAACAAACACGUCUUCAACAAACACGACUUCAACAAACACAACUUCAAACUCGACCACACCUACUAACACCUCUUCAACAAACACGUCUUCAACAAACACCUCUUCAACAAACACCUCUUCAACAAACACAACUUCAAACUCGACCACACCUACUAACACCUCUUCAACAAACACGACUUCAACAAACACGACUUCAACAAACACAACUUCAAACUCGACCACACCUACUAACACCUCUUCAACAAACACGUCUUCAACAAACACCUCUUCAACAAACACAACUUCAAACUCGACCACACCUACUAACACCUCUUCAACAAACACGUCUUCAACAAACACCUCUUCAACAAACACAACUUCAAACUCGACCACACCUACUAACACCUCUUCAACAAACACGACUUCAACAAACACGACUUCAACAAACACGACUUCAAACUCGAGCACACCUACUAACACCUCUUCAACAAACACGUCUUCAACAAACACAACUUCAAACUCGAGCACAAACACCUCGUCAACAAACACAACUUCAAACUCGAGCACACCUACUAACACCUCUUCAACAAACACGUCUCCAACAAACACGACUUCAACAAACACGACUUCAACAAACACCUCUUCAACAAACACGACUUCAACCUCGAGCACACCUACAACCCCUCCUGUAGUAGCUGCAGCAUUCACCUUGGUCUUUAGCCUCAACGAAAUCUUUACUCCAGAACUGGCCAAUACCAGCUCUACACAGUUUACAGAAAAAGCUACAAGUAUUCGAAAUCAGCUUGAACCAAUUUACAGACAAAUGUUCAAAAACUUCCUUCGGAUGAUAAUUCAUGGUUUCAGGAAUGGUUCGAUUGUGACAAAUUCCAGCCUUGAAUUUAGUGCCAAUGGCACCAUCCCAACUGACUCCACAGUAAAAGAAACCUUUGUUAAUGUGACUACCACCAACUCAAGCUUGAACGUUAUUCCAAAUUCUGUAAAUGUCACCCAGGCUCCUGUAACAAACACGACUUCAACAAACACGUCUUCAACAAACACGACUUCAAACUCGAGCACAGCUACAAACACCUCUUCAACAAACACGACUUCAAACUCGAGCACAGCUACAAACACCUCUUCAACAAACACGUCUUCAACCAACACAACUUCAACAAACACGACUUCAAACACCUCGUCAACAAACACAACUUCAAACUCGAGCACAGCUACAAACACCUCUUCAACAAACACCUCUUCAACAAACACAACUUCAACAAACACGACUUCAAACACCUCGUCAACAAACACGACUUCAAACUCGAGCACAGCUACAAACACGUCUUCAACAAACACCUCUUCAACAAACACGACUUCAAACUCGAGCACAGCUACAAACACCUCUUCAACAAACACCUCGUCAACAAACACAACUUCAAACUCGACCACACCUACUAACACCUCUUCAACAAACACGUCUUCAACAAACACGACUUCAACAAACACAACUUCAACAAACACCUCUUCAACAAACACGUCUUCAACAAACACAACUUCAACAAACACAACUUCAACAAACACAACUUCAAACUCGAGCACAGCUACAAACACCUCUUCAACAAACACCUCGUCAACAAACACAACUUCAAACUCGACCACACCUACUAACACCUCUUCAACAAACACGUCUUCAACAAACACGACUUCAACAAACACAACUUCAACAAACACCUCUUCAACAAACACGACUUCAACAAACACAACUUCAACAAACACAACUUCAACAAACACAACUUCAAACUCGAGCACAGCUACAAACACCUCUUCAACAAACACAACUUCAACAAACACAACUUCAACAAACACAACUUCAACAAACACAACUUCAAACUCGACCACACCUACUAACACGUCUUCAACAAACACGUCUUCAACAAACACAACUUCAAACUCGAGCACAAACACCUCUUCAACAAACACGACUUCAAACUCGAGCACAGCUACAAACACCUCUUCAACAAACACGACUUCAAACUCGAGCACAGCUACAAACACCUCUUCAACAAACACCUCUUCAACAAACACGACUUCAAACUCGAGCACAGCUACAAACACCUCUUCAACAAACACCUCUUCAACAAACACGACUUCAAACUCGAGCACAAACACCUCGUCAACAAACACAACUUCAAACUCGAGCACAGCUACAAACACCUCUUCAACAAACACCUCUUCAACAAACACCUCUUCAACAAACACGUCUUCAACAAACACUUCUUCAACAAACACGACUUCAACAAACACGACUUCAGCAAACACUACUUCAACAAACACAACUACAAACAGUCCUGCAGUAGCUGCAGUAUUCAACUUGGUCUUUAGCAUCAAUGAAACCUUUGAUGCAGCACUGGCCAAUACCAGCUCUACACAGUUUGCAGCAAAAGCUACAAGUAUCCGUACUCAGCUUGAAUCAAUUUACAGACAAAUGUUCAAAAACUUCCUCCAGAUGAUAAUUCAUAGUUUCAGGAAUGGUUCGAUUGUGACAAAUUCCAGCCUUGAAUUUAGUGCCAAUGGCACCAUCCCAACUGACUCCACAGUAAAAGAUGCCCUUGUUAAUGCGACUACCGCCAACUCAAGCUUGAACAUUAUUACAAAUUCUAUAAAUGUCACCCGGGUUCCUGAGACAAACUCCUCUUCACCAAAUGCAACUUCAUCCACGAGCACAAAUACAACCACGAGCACAACUACAACCACGAGCACAACUACAACCACUCCUUCAACGCCUGAAAUUGCAGUAUCAAUUUUCAACUUGGUCUUUAGAAUCAGUGAAACCUUUGAUGCAGCACUGGCCAAUACCAGCUCUACACAGUUUGCAGCAAAAGCUUCAAUUAUCCGUACUCAGGUUGAACCAUUGUACAAGAAAGCCUUUAAAAACUUCAUCAUCAUGAAAAUUAUAAAAUUCUGGAGUGGCUCUAUUGUGACAGAAAGCAACCUAUUUUUCAGUCCUAAUGGCCCAAAUGUUACUGCGGCCCAAGUGAAAAACACUCUUCUCACUGGACUUCAAAACUUGAACUUUACUGUUGAUCCAAACUCCAUCAACGUCACCCAGACUCUUGGGAAUUCCAUGCCACCAGUGAUUGCCAGCUCACUUUCCGUGAUAUGGAUGUCUCUUCUAUCACUUCUGCUUUCAGUGGCAUUGCACUUCUAGCUCUAGACCUGAUCAGAAAACAUACAGAAUCAUAAUUCCUAAGUUAAAGGGAAUAUGGGGAAAAUGUUUCAUUCUUAUAAACAAAGAUAUCUUUACAUAAGAAAUUCUAAUAUCUUAAAUUGUUGAAACUGGAGACUUAAUGAGGGUUCUGAUUUGCCUGAAAAUUUCUAACACAUUCUAACAGUCCUACAAGGAUUUUGUUCGACUUAUAUUUAAAUCCAUUGAAAUCUUUUUUAAACCAUUGUGUAGUUCAUAGUAUAAAUUAAUGUUGUUCUAUAGAGUAUAAUUUCUAAAGACUUGCUUGUAUAUGCAAACCUACAUAUAAGUUCUUUAUAUCAGUGUACAAUUAUUAUAAACAUUGUUUGAAAUAAAGCUUUGCACAAUUUA